GUCGGGUGCGGAACUGAAGAGCGCAGCCGUGGUAGAAGGGGGGAAGGAUUAGAGUGUGCACCGCCGUGCAGCGCGGGAGAGCAGCGGAGAGUGUAGCGAUUGUUGGGGUCCUCGGCUGGUUUCUGGAUGACAGUCUCUGUCCGGGUACAGCCAUGCUGCUCCCUUCAGAUGUGGCCAGGCUAGUGCUGGGUUACUUGCAGCAAGAAAAGCUGUCAUCCACCUGCAGAGCCUACAUUGCAGAGUCACCCCACCUCAAGGAAUAUGCAGACCAUCACACGGAUGAUGGGGCCAUCCCAGGAUGUCUGCUGUCCGUCUUUGGAAAAAGUCUCACCACAAUCUUGAAUGAAUAUAUAACAAUGAAAGCUAAGGAGAAUGAAGCAGAUAUACCAUUCAUGAUGUCCUCUCUGUGGAAAAAACUUGACCACACUUUGUCUCAAAUCAGGUGCAUGCAGGAGUCUGCAGCAUUUCGAACUAAUCAGAGAGCCCGCACGAGAGAAGGGAUUAAUCAACGCAUGCGUCAGAAUAUUUUGACCUCCCCUCUGGCUGUUUCAGGUUCAUCAGUGUCGCAACCUUUGGCACAACAGAUCUCUACACCUGUAUUGGCUACACAAUAUAUCCUGUGCCCUAUAAAUACCCCAGUUACCCCACAGUCAGGCAGCAGUAUGACAACCGUUGGGCAAUCUGCUUUGCCAAGCAGUAUCCCUACCACCACCACCAAAACUACUCGGACUGUUACUGUAGCUUCAGCUCCAAAAAAGCUGGCAACUACAGCUACUGCAGCUACUUCAUCUCCAAUGAGACGCAAACCAGACACUCAGAGGAGGAGAAGAAUGGCACCCAUAAGCAACUUGGCAGCGGAAAAAGAAACCUCUUUAGAUAUUGAUUCCAUUCAAGGGCUUAUUGAUGACGACUUUCCACAACUAGUUAUAGAAAAUGCCCGGGAUAAGAUCUUGAGUAACAAAAGUCUUCAAGAGAAGUUGGCAGAUAACAUUAACAAGAUCCUUGCAAGUGAUUGUGCCGCUCAAACCUCCAAACAAGUAGAUGGUACCGCUGUUGAUCAAGAUGCCUCUAUUGAUGAAAUCCUCGGGCUCCAGGGAGGAGAGAUUCACAUGAGUGAGGAGGCUAUAAAUGAUAUCUUGGUUCAGACUGAACUUGACCCAGACUUCCAGGGGCUCUAUGAUCUGUUUGCUUGUGUUUCAUCCAAAGCACCAAAAGGUACUCCUCGUGACCCUCCAUCAUCCCUAAAUGUAGAAACUAAGACAAGUGGCAGUGAGAAAAGAAAACAGAAUGUUGUGGAAGAUGCAAAUUCCAGAGAGCGAGCCGGAAAUAAGAUGGAUGAUUGCCUAAGGGAGAGCGAGACGGAUAACUCCUUGUUAAACAAUUCUGAUGCAGGGACACCUUUAAAAGACGAAGCAGAUAGAAGCAGCACUAUGCAACAAACAUGUGUGAAUGAGUCCACCGCUUCAGGGAGUCCCAAGGUUCACACACAGUCUUCUGAGUUGGUCAUCUGCAUGGAGAGUUCUGUUAGUGAGGUAGUAAUUGAGAGCAGCGAGGACUUGCAUCAGACUGAAUUGGAGACCUCCUACACACAACCCCAGGAUGUUGAAAUGGAGAAUAUUUCUCUAACAAAUGAAGGUACGGAGGAUUGCUGCUUCAUUGUAGAGGACAUCUUACCACAGGCCCCAAUGAGUCCAGAGAAAUCUGAACCGACAAAUAUGUGUUCAAAGGACUCAGAAAAUGAGGAACCAUCAGAAGGGGCCACCAAUGAGAAGCUGUUGGAUAAGUCACAAGAAGAACAAGAGGGUAAUAAGAGCAUAGCAGCUUCACAACCAUCUACAAUUGCUCCCCAGGGCAACACCUUGUUAGUUCCAGCUCCAGCGCUCAAUUGUUCUGGUGCACAGGACGAGAGGGAUCAUCAACCAGUCGAGGCCUCCAAAAUAAGUCCUUUGAAUAAACUUGCUAUUGAUGCAAAAGAUAAGCAAGAGAAAGAAAAUGACUCUGGAAAAUCUAUUGAAAAGGACACAGAAUUGCAAAAGCCCUCUGUGAAUGUUGCCCCUUCACCAUGCCAUGAACAGAACAGCUUGGGUCCUGAGAUGGAACCUUCCAUUGCUGAAAUUACUGUACCUAGUAGCAGCCAGGCAGCUGUAGAUCCCUCCACUAUUGUUACACUUAACCUAAUUGCCGAGGACUAUCCAGAAGAGGCAGAAUUAAAUAAUGCUGUCAGAAGCAUUCAUGAAGAAAAUUAUCCAACUAUUAUAUUGUCACCUUUAGUGAAAAGUCAAGAAAUUAGAAGGAUUGGCCCGUCACAAAAUGGUUCUGGAGAUUUAAUGGAGUCUUCUGUUGUGGGAGAACAAUGUCCGCUGCUGGCUACAUCUAGUGAUGGUUCAAUUAACACCAUUAAUAUUCCAAAUGGAGAUGGUACUGUUUAUGCCGUCUCUGGGACUUCUACUACCACAGAUGGGAGUGUCAUACAGCUGGUGACGACCUCCAGUUCAACGUUCGCACCCUCCAAUAGUCUUUUUAUAAGUUCAUGUGUUGCAAGUAAUGUUCCAUCCAAACAGCCCAACAUCAUAAGGGUUUCAAAUAGUUCAGCUCCAAAUAGCAGCCAGACACAAGCAGGUCUUUUCCAAACUCCUCCUCGACCUGGCAGCAUGUACACCAUUGGACAAGCCAUAUCGCCAAAGCUUUCUCAAGGCUCCACAAUCAUCCUCGCUUCCCCUGUUCAGCCAGUGUUACAGGGGGUUAUGAGCAUGUUCCCGGUCUCAUUGGUUGGUCAGAGUGGCAGCAAUUUUACCACACAGCCACAUCAGAUUUUGCAUGUUCCGGUUUCUAAACCUGUGGUUCCUAAACUUCCUCUGCCUCCGAAGUUUCAGAAGUCUCUACCCAAACCGUCAGCAAACACAGCGUCCCGUCCCGACGAGCUCGCACGCAGAAGUGAACGCAUACGUAAAUCAUCGUCCAACCCAGCAGCUGAUUCCAUAAGCCGACCCUCCAGCUUGGUGCAGAGAGAAAAUGAGGAAAAGAAUUCCACCUCCGAGAUUCAGCAGAAAGCCAAGGAAAGCUCCGUACCAGAGGCGUUAAAUACCGUGUCCAAGUCAGUGGAAGCCCAUAGGAGAGUGCUUUGCUUUGACGGGUCUUCAACACUGUUUAUUGCUAAUUCUUCAUCUUCGUCAAAUGAAAAAAGCCGAAAGGACAAGAAUGACACAAUACAAAAUGAUUUGGCCUCCACAGAAGCUGUAUCUUCUAAAAUUAGCGUGUCCAAAGAAACAAAAAAAAAUGAAAGAUCAGCUCCUUCGUUGGGGAAGAGUUUCAGGGUGGAUCAGACGAUUGCACAAGCAAAAGAUCAACCUGGGGAAAAAAGGGCCACAAGUUUAGGUGGUGCAUAUGGCGUCAACAAGGAGAAUGUGUUGAAGGUAGGAACACAAAUUCACCCAGCAGGCCAAAUAGACAAAAAAACUACGUCAAGUCAAGAUAAUUUACGCACAGAGAAAAAUUUAAAACCACCUCAGGAUCCUGUAAGAAAACAUACUUCAUUACCUAAUAUUCUGAGGAAGACACCACAAAAAGUGUCCUCGGAAAGGGUCUGUUCUACAAGCCCUCUAGCAAAACAAGCUAGUCAGCUCUUGCAGGACAUGCAGUUUCAUAGUCCAAAUUCACUGUCUGCUGAAGAUGUACCACCACGAACACCAGGAAGAGGAUAUGAGGACAAGGUCACAGAUAAUUCUGACCACACACGGACUCCAACAUGUCGGCGUUACAAUGAGGAUGGAGGGACACCCAAACCCAUGAUGCCUCCUGCAACGCCAGACAUGCCUACAUGCAGUCCUGCCAGUGAAGCUGGUAGUGAGAACAGUGUCAAUAUGGCUGCCCACACGCUAAUGAUACUGUCUAGGGCCUCUAUUGCAAAGACUAGCAGUAGCACACCACUGAAGGACAACACCCAUCAAUCAAAACCAUCCAAAAGUACUGCAAAGAAAAGAAGGCUUGAGGAUUCUGAUGAACAUGAACGGCGAUCACAUAGAAAAGAGCUUCUAAGCCCUUCAAGCUCUCAGAAAAAGAAAAAAAUGAAGAAGCAGCGGAAGAAGAGCGCAGACAAUUUCCCAACUGGAAUGGAUGUGGAAAAAUUCUUAAUGACCCUUCAUUAUGACGAGUAAUUUUGGACUCUGACAUCAACCUGCACGAAGUACCUUAUAGCAGCAGACGUUGUAAACAUUAUGUGUAGAUAUGUAUGUAAAUAAAACUGUGACUUCUAGAGGGUCACAGGUUUUGUAAUAUGAAGGCACUUGCUUUGUUGCUGCCAUGUUUGUUUGAGCUGUAUAUAUUGUAUACUUGUGACAAGCAGUUGGAAAAAAAACGCAGAAGUAC